AUGAAUCAAAAUCAAGCAUUGAAUAGGCUCAGAAAGGAGUUGGCACAGAUCAAGAAAAAUCCGAUUGAACACAUUGAAUGCUCGCCUUUGGAAAAUAAUUUAUUUGAAUGGCACUAUGUCAUCCAUUCAUUGCCCUAUGAUCCAUAUAAAGGUGGUUUUUAUUACGGAAAAAUUGUGUUUCCUGUGGAUUAUCCGUACAAGCCACCAAGCAUUGAACUAAUCACUCCGAAUGGUCGAUUCAAAACAAAUACAAGAAUCUGUAUGAGCAAUACAAAUUUCCACAAAGAAAGUUGGAAUCCUCUGUGGAAUGUUGGCUCAAUAUUACAAGGAUUUUUAAGCUUCAUGUUGGAAGAGGACGCAACCACUUAUGGAUCCAUGACUUCCACUUCCGAAGAGAAGAAGCGUCUGGCCAAGAGCAGUGCUGAGUUUAACUCUAAAAUUCCAUUGUAUUGCAAAUUGUUUCCUGAAUUGGUUGAAUUGGCAAAGAAAAAUGCUCGAGAAGAAGCACGCCAAGCUGUUGGAUCUUCAAGACAAGACAGCACUUCAAACUCAACUAUUGAGGAAGCAAGUCACUCUGGAAAUUACUUGUACUCGUGGAUUUUAGCAAUUAUUGUUCUGCUUAUUGUAAUUUACAUUGCAAAGUGA